AUGGCUAAUAAUGACGACGAGAACUCAAAACAAUCCAGCGCUGUUUCUAAUUCAGAUACAACUGUACUACCAUGGAAUGCAAUUGGUUCAACGCGCUCAUCGGUUUUUGAACUUGAAAAGAGUUUAGAACAAGAGAUAAACAAGUUAUUACUACAACAACCAUCUUUCUCAAAAACGGACUCGGUACCACCUCUGCAUGAUGGUAGAAAUAUUAUGAAAGGUCUAGUGAUCGAAUGUCCUCCACUUAAUGAAAUGAAUGUUGGAACAUGUGCUUACGGUCAUAGCAAGUGUUCUAAUGUAGUUUCAGAAUCUCAACAUAUAACACUUUGUGCGAAACACUAUACUGAAAUGAUGGAAAAGUUUGAUGACAAAAAAAAUAUCGCAUCUGUACUUCCACCAAACUAUAAUCAAAAAGUAUACAGUGAUAUUCUUCCAGUGAUAGAUCGAUGCAUCGAUCUUUUGGUGACUUUGAAAGCAUUUGAUUAUCACGAAAAACAGUUUUAUCAGAGUUUAGUCUGCGUCAAAGCAUUUAUUUUGGUUUAUCGUCGGUAUUUAAAUCCUGGAAAUGAACAGCUUAUGAAUACGGUUUUGAUGACACUACGAGAGUACCCAGAACGAUCACAAGCUAUGAUAUCGACCGUUGUUUCUGUAUUGGGAUAUUUUGGAAUUAUGUUGGUUGUACGAGAUUUAGGUUUGGAAUUACCAGUAGGUGCGGCAUUAGCUACUAGUGGUAGUUUGACAGCUCUGAUUGGAAUCGUUGCACCCAACAUGUUCGGUGCUAGAAUUGCUGCUUUACCUGCUUUACCAAUUAUAUUAGGUAGUGCAAUUGGCGUUACCGGUGUAAGUCAUAUUAUCACAAAAUUAUGGGAUUGGAACAAACCUCCACCUCCACGAAAUGAAUGGUGUCGAAUCACUCUUUGGCUGUUCACCUAA